AUGCAGAGAAAUGUUCAUUCUGAAGAUAAGCCAUAUGAGUGUGAGGUUUCUCUUAAAAGGUUUUAUCAAAGUUUUCAUUUAAGAGAACAUAAAAUGGUUCAUUCAGGAAAAAGGCCACAUGAUUGUGAUGUUUUUCAUAAAAACUUUGCAGAUCAGAAUGGUCUAUUACGACAUAAAAUUGUUCAUUUAGGAGAUAAACCCCAUGAAUGUGAUGUUUAUCAUAAAUGGUUUUCUAAAAAUUCUGAUUUAAAAAUACAUAAACAUGUUCAUUCUGAAGAUAAACCAUAUGAAUGUGAUCCAUAUGAAUGUGAUGUUUGUAAUAAAAGAUUUUCUCGAAGUUCUGGUUUAAGUAAACACAAAUAUGUUCAUUCAGGAGAUAAGCCAUAUGAAUGUAAUGUUUGUCAUCACAAGUUUUCUGAAAGGUCUAACUUAAGUACACAUAAAAAGAAGCAUUCAGGAGUUAAGCCGUAUGAAUGUGAUGUUUGUCAUAAAAGGUUUUCUACAAAUUCUUAUUUAAAAAAACAUAAAAAAGUGCAUUCAGGAGAUAAACCACAUGAAUGUGAUGUUUGUCUGAAAAGAUUUUCAUAUAGUUGUCAUUUAAGAGAACAUAAAAAGGUUCAUUCAGGAGAAAGGCCACAUGAACGUGAUGUUUGUCAUAAAAGGUUUUCUGAAAAUUCUGAUAUAAAAAAACAUAAAAAGACUCAUUCAGAUGAAAGGCCACCUGAAUCACGAUGAAUGUGAUGUUUGUCCUAUUGGGUUUGAUUGGAAGUGUGAUUUAUUAAGAGAUAUUUUGUUCUUUUGGGAAAAGAGCCAUUUGAAUUUGAUGUUUGUCCUAAAUGAUUUACUUAGAAUAGUUAUUUUACUACACAUAAAAACUUUGGCUAUAAAUGGUUUCUCAACAUUCUUAUUUAAGUGCACAUAAAAAAGUUCGUUCAGAAGACAAGCUACAUGAAUGUGGUAUUUGUCAUUAAAGCUUUUCUAGAAGUCGUAGUCUAAAUGAUGUUUUUCUCGAAAGAUUUUCUCAAAUAUCUAAUUUAAAUACUCUAAAAAAUUCAUUCUAUAAGUAAGACAGAGGAAUGCGAUGUUGGUAAGGAAAUGUUUUCUUUUCAAUUUACUAAUUAUAUUGUCAAAGAAAAUCAUUAUGUAAUUUCAUUUUUUAACAUAAG